UUCCCAGUGACGUGUUGCACUGUAUUUCUAAAUUAUAUACACUUUAAAUAUUGUUUAAAACGUUUAUAACAUGUCGCAAUUCGGGCCGAACGAUUUUUAUACCUCCGGGCCUUCAGCAGAUGCUAGCUACAAUUUCGAUGUGCCUGAGUUUGGCCAGGAACUCAAUUUCCAGAGUUUCGACAACACACAACCUUCGGUGCCGCCGAACUAUGAUGCCGCCUACAGCAAUGCACCAAACCCGGGUCUUGGCGGCUUUUACGAUCCAACCGCCUACACAGAUAGCAGCUUUGCGCAGGACAAAUCUUUCAAACAGGGUGGCGCGGCCGGCGGUGCCGCCACCGGCAACGAGUUCGAGGAUGAGCCACCGCUGCUGGAGGAACUGGGCAUCAAUCCAAAUCAUAUAUUCCAAAAGACGCUGGCCGUGCUGAAUCCUUUGCGCGGCACAGACCAACAAAUACUCCAGGACACGGACAUGGCCGGACCAUUGGUAUUCUGUCUCACACUGGGCGGCAUUCUCCUGCUGAGCGGCAAGGUUACCUUCUCAUACAUCUAUGGCAUUGGCGUCAUGGGCUGCAUAUUUUUCUACUGUCUGCUGUCAUUGAUGGUCACACGCUCGCAAGUGACCUUUGGCGCCGUUGCCUCCGUGCUGGGCUAUUGUCUGCUGCCCAUGGUCGUGCUGUCGGGCAUCAACAUUUUAAUCACCAUUCAGGGCACACUCGGCCUAAUUGUGAGCGGCAUCUCCAUACUCUGGUGUGCCAUAUCGGCCUCGAAACUAUUCGCCACGGCAUUCUCCAUGGACCAUCAACAGCUGCUGAUUGCCUAUCCGUGUGCGGUGCUCUAUGGAGGAUUUGCGUUGAUUACCAUUUACUAGGCCGCCCCGAGGCAUACCCACGUUUGCUAUAACCGUGUGUCUACGGCUGUCUGUGUGUGUGUGUGUGUGUCGUGUUUCUGUAUCUGUGACUCGGCUGCGUCUGUGUCUGUAUCUGUGUGUGUGUGUUGCAAUAUUGUGGCAUGGUUUUAAUUGUCCUGCCCACAGCCACACACUCACUUACAAACACACACAUGCACACAAAACAUACGUACACAUGGCUAUAGACAUGAUAAUAUUUUAAGAAAAUAAGCGCCGAUUGCAGAUUUGUUUUUCAUGUGCUUUUCAUCUCUCUUCAUU